AUGGCCCCCACUAUCCUAACCCCGAUCAACUGGACACUGCCCUCCUCUGGUUCGGGUGGUUCCGUGAAGAAGCCUAUCAAGACAGUGUCGAAACCGUGCUUCGGAUGUGACUGCGGCGACGAGGAGUGCGAUUGCUGCAUCUGCACUGUGAUGGCGGGAUGGAUCCAGCGGCGGAAAUCUCGGACGCCCAGCCGCACAAGCGUACCGCGCGUGCUUGUGAUUCAUGCUACAAGCGAAAGGUACAUUGUCCCGACGGCCCACGAUCUAGAUAAGAAUGCUAACAAGAGCAGAUCAAAUGUGACGCAGCACUGCCGCAGUUGCGGCGCAAAAAAGAACGAGGCGAUGAUGGGUAAGAACCUCUCCCUCAGCAUCAGUCAAGCGGACGCCUCACCAAUCCAACGCAGGCGGCCCAAGGCCUCGCACCUGUCGGACCGAAUCAGUCGUAUAGAACAGCUUCUGACGGAUAAUCUCAUACAAAACUCAAGCUCCGGGUCGCCACCGAUACUUCGCGAGUCUUACCAUUCACCGCGAACUAUCACUACGGCAUCUAGCUCGCCCAGCAGUAGCGGCAGCCAGCCUCCAGCCUCAUCGUCAGUUGCUGUGCACUUCGCUGGCCGAGAGCUCGGCGUCGUCAGCCUGCUCACCGGGCUUCCGUUCCUUCUGCCCGAAGGCCAGGAAUGGAUCGAGUCCCGAACUGGACAGCCCAUUUCGGUCGAUAAACUCACGCCAGUCCGGCCGCCAUGGGAGAAGGAACGAGCCCAGAGCUCCAAUAAGCUGCUAAUGAGCAUGCAGACCCAAAAACACUUCGAACUGCCCGAGUGGGCCAUUGUCCAAAGCCAUUACCAAGCUUUUCUCAACUCCAACGUGAUGCAGCGCAUCUUUCCGAUUAUUGAUGCCGUGCUGUUUCAAGAAACCAUGAAUGCGGCCUAUCACGAGUCUCAUUCUCGCUUUUCAUAUGGCCAGGCUGGCGUCCGAGCUUGCAUGUUUGCAUUUGUGGCCUUUGUCUCUCACCUCCCUCCAGUCAAAUCCCAACUUGGAUCGUUUUCUCGCACUCCGAUAGAUCGUGAGGCUAUGGCUACUAAAGCAGAGUUUCUCCUGGCACAAGUCCUGCAAGAGCCGGCCAGUCUGGAGGGAAUCCAAACUGUGACCAUACUAGCUCUAUUUGAACUAGCCUCGGGUAAUAUGUGCGCCGCCAGUUACUAUGGGGCUAUCGCUGCUCGUUUGCUUUUCAUGCUCGGUGGCAAUUUGACAUCGGGAAGGACCAUUCAUCCAUCCGAUGAUCGCAGCCAACGCAAGCGGCGACAUAUCCGCAAUCUCUUCUGGAUUUGCUACACGGUUGAUAAGGAUGUCGCCUUGCGCACGGGACAACCACCCACUAUCUCCGAUGAGAAUUGCGAUCUGACCCUUCCGGAGGGCUACAUGGACCGCCUGUGGGACGCCAUUGAAGACGAAAACAGCCCCUAUGACCAACCAGUCUUUCCCUUCGACUUGCGCCUAAGUAUCAUCAAAUCCCGAGCUCAUACUGCGCUGUACUCGGUUCGCUCCCUCCAGAAAUCGGACGCUGAGCUCCUCAAGGCUAUUCGGGAGCUGGAUGAUGAAUUAGAACAAUGGCGGUUGUCUGUGCCUCCCGAAUGGCGUCCAACUAUGUCCUUCAAGUAUGAGGCCCCUGAUCCUACUGCUAGCAUGCAUUCGGUCAUCCUGCGUCUGAAUUAUCACCUCUGUAUGACUAUUAUCCACCAGGCGAGCAGUCGCUGCAAGGCUUGGGUUAACGCCCAGAGCGGAAUUAUGGAAGGCGUGAGCUCGUCUCUCGCACUCUCCGUCGAGGCGAGCCGCUCAACCUUGUGCUAUCUGGAGGCGGCAGAGCAUGUGCUGGUCGAUGGUAUUUUCUGGACAUUAAUUUUCUACCCGAUGUCUGCACUACUCGCCAUCUUCUGCAAUAUCCUGCAGAAUCCUCUGGAUCCGCAGUCACGCAAGGAUCUCGACCUGCUGAAGAUUGCGUCGGGCAUGGUCGAGCGCGUUUUUUCGCGACAGCUAUCCUCUGUGAACGAAGUCGUACACCUGAAGCUGGUGGCAGAUUUUGUCGUGGAGCUGAAGCAACUGGCCGGGUGUGCCAUUGAAAAGGCCUGGGCCGAGCAGAGCGCCGGAUCACGAAUGCAGGAAUGA